UAAGUCUCCACUCUGCUUUGAUUUAGAUGAGACUCUCAUCUCUUUGCUAACAAUCACAGAAUAGCUAGUCUCUAUCUCAAAAAUAGUUAUGAUGAUUCUCAAGAAGCUUCAAUUCCUUCUUUUAUUACUGUUGCCCUUCUCUGCAACUCCACUGACCUUCAAUUUCUCCAGCUUUCCCCCUGCUGUUACCAACGAUAUAUUCAUGGAGGGAGAUGCUUUCCCCGAUGGGUCCCUCCGCCUCACCAAAAGCGCCGUCGACGUUCAAAAGAACCAAAGCGUCGGCCGAGCCACCUACCGCCAACCCUUCCUCCUCCGCCAAAACUCCACCGGAAAACUCGCUGACUUCACCUCAAACUUCACAUUUGUCAUCGACUCUCUCGGCAAAACAUCCUACGGCGACGGUCUCGCCUUCUUCAUCGCGCCAAAUGGGUCCUUACUCAACUCCACAAUCGGAAGAGGUGGCUCUCUCGGCCUACCUGUUAUAAACCCUUCGAAUACAGAGUCCAGUUAUGAAUCCUCGUUUGUGGCGGUGGAGUUUGACAUCUUCCAGAAUCUGGUGACGUCGGUGCAAGAUCCUGCCGGUGACCACGUCGGUAUUGAUGUCGACUCGACAAAGUCUUUGGUCACAAAGCCUUGGAAUGGUAGUCUUGUGAAUGGGGCAAUCAAUAGUGCUAUGGUUAGAUAUGAUUCUGUGUCCAAAAAUAUUAGUGUUGCCUACACUAGUUAUUUGAAUGGUACACAAGUGAUGAGGUAUGUUCAUUACACGGUGGAUUUGGAUCAGUACUUGCCGGAUUUGGUCAUCGUUGGGUUCUCGGCAGCAACAGGUGCACUGACUGCUCUGCAUAAGAUCAAUUCUUGGAGCUUUGACUCAACUUCAUUGGUAGAUGAAAACAGCACAUCAAUUCUUCCUGAGCCAAGGGUGAAACCCAAGUCAGGAAAUGACAGUGUUGGAUUAGUGGUUGGGUUGGUUGUUGGGGGAGGUGUAAUCUUGGCUGGUGUGUUGGGUUUGGUUUGGUUUUUCUUUUGCAAGAAGAGAGGAGCAGGGGAGAAUGAUGAUGAAGAUCCUAUGGUGUAUGACUCGAUUGAUGAUGAGUUCGAAAAGGGGACAGGCCCCCGGAAGUUUGCAUACAGCAAAUUGGCUCGUGCGACGAGUAAUUUUGUGGAAGGAGAGAAGCUUGGAGAGGGAGGAUUUGGUGGGGUUUAUAAAGGAUUCAUCAAAGAAUUGGAUUCAUAUGUUGCUGUCAAGAGGGUGUCUCGGGGGUCUAAACAAGGGCUCAAGGAGUAUGCGGCAGAAGUAAGGAUCAUCAGUCGACUUAGGCAUCGAAACCUGGUACAACUCAUUGGUUGGUGCCAUGAAAAAGGAGAACUACUACUUGUUUACGAAUUCAUGCCAAAUGGCAGCUUAGAUACCCAUCUGUUCAAAGCCAAAAGCUUGCUAGCUUGGGAGGCAAGAUAUAAAAUUGCUCAAGGGUUGGCAGCGGGCCUGUUUUAUCUCCAUGAAGAAUGGGAACAAUGUGUGCUACAUAGGGAUAUCAAAUCCAGCAAUGUUAUGUUGGAUUCAAAUUUCAAUGCGAAACUUGGGGAUUUCGGGUUAGCUCGACUUGUGGACCAUGGGAAACAAUCACAAACCACAGUUUUGGCAGGAACCUUGGGCUACAUGGCUCCAGAAUGUGCUACCACAGGAAAAUCUAGCAAGGAAUCAGAUGUCUAUAGUUUCGGAAUUGUAGCUUUGGAGAUUGCUUGUGGGAGAAAACCCGUGGAUGUCAAGUUAGGAAGACAUCAAAUCAAUAUGGUGGAGUGGGUUUGGGAGCUCUAUGGAGAAGGAAGAGUAAUUGAAGCAGCUGACCCAAAACUGUGUGGAGAUUUUGAUGAGAAACAAAUGGAGUGCUUGUUGAUUGUUGGAUUGUGGUGUGUUCACCCGGACUCUAAUAUCAGGCCUUCGAUACAGCAAGCGAUUCAAGUGCUCAACUUGGAAGUUCCGUCGCCUAUUCUCCCAUCAAAAAUGCCUGUGGCUAGCUACAUUGCUGCUCCAGUGUCAUUCUCAAUCGUGUCCGGUAAUACUAGUGAUCUAGAAAGAGGUGAAACAGAGUCUUCAGGUUACAACACCAAUGCUUCCCAGUUCACCACUACUUCUGCAUCAAAUUCCUCUCCAUCAGCAUCAAUUCUACACGCAAAAUAAAGACAAUUAAGUGAUCGAAUUAACCGAUUGCGGGAUACUAUCAUACUAGUAAAGGAUAUUUUUUUUUUUUUAAAUUAUUAGUUGAUAUUUUUGUACUGUACGUAAUACUAAGAGU